UCCAUUCCAUUCGUUUUGAUCCUUCGCCUCAAUUCCAUGAAUCUCAAAUACUUACUAGUUUGCGUUGAAUAUCCGAGCACUGUUGCUUGCCGAAGCCAAAGAAUUUCAAACUUCUAAUAAAUUUCUUUAUAUAUUUUCAAACUCCGAACUAUGAAUCCUCCAGAGGUGGACAAGGACGUCGCGGACAAGGUCCGUUUCCACUUUAGCAAGGAGGAGCUGGACCGUCAGAUGCGCAACAUCCACAGCAGCGAACACGGAGAUAGUAAGAGCCGUGCCUCAGCAAGUGGCAGCACAGGACGCAGUCGCAGCAUGAACUCGUUGCCGGAGAUGCCGCGCCAGGAAUCGUGGGUGUUCGAGAAUGUGGGUGGUUUUUAUGUGCCAACCGAGGAUCUGUCCAAGAUGACCCUGCAGAAGCAGGAGCAGCUGCUCAUAAAGGAUCUGAUCUAUGCCUUUUCCGGAGUGCCCUCCACUCACAUUAAGCCGGACAUCCAGGCGGAUCAGAUAGCUGAGAUUAGUGCCAUGGACGUGUCCAAGGUGCGUUUCCGGCUGGACGACGCCUUCAGUGGUGCCUUUCGCGGCCUGGCCAAUGAGCUGCUGCCCCUGAUUGGCUACUACAUCAGUGUCCAGAGCUUCAUCGAGGAGACCAACAUGACACCGAGCUGUGGCAGGACUCGGCUUGCCUUGGCCACCGCCUUUGGGGAAACCAUGCAGCAGUACUACGACCUGCAGGCCAAGCUGGAGACGGACCUGCAAGAGAAGAAGUUGAACCUCAAGGACCUGGUGCGGCAGGCGCGUCCAUGGCUGGGCACCCUGAAGCUAUUCUCCGGAAUGGCUGAAGUUGCUCGCGGCGAAGUCAACAGCGCUCAGCUUCUAUCUCUUCUGGAUGAGAGCUUUGGAAACCAGAAGUUCACGGACCCCGACUUGAAGGCUAGGGUAGCGAAGGUCCUGGGCGACGUCACGCGGGCUUACAUGAAAAUUGUGCAACUGUGGACACAAAAGGGUAUCAUCUAUGACCCCCAAAACGAGUUCUUCGUGCACGACAAUGAACGGCCGAAUACGAUGAGCAGCACGUUGCUGACUCCGGAGCAGUGUUGCUUCGACUAUUGGCACCACCGAUACCAGAUCUUACCAGAUAGGUUACCGGACUUCCUGCUAACCCAAGGAGAGCACAUGUUCCUGGCCGGGAAGUACCUGAAUAUCCUGCGGCAAUGCAAUGUUACCAUGAAACUAAUGCAGCAGCCACUAUGCUAUGUUCCUGGGGAAACCAAACACACGGAGAUCAUAAAGGACAGUUACGAGCUGCCGGCAAAGAAACUGCUUGAGGUUCUUUUGAAGGAGCACCAUUUGGAGUCGCAUCUGCGCAAUUUAUGGUCUUAUUUCCUGAUGCAAGAAGAGGGAUUCGCGGAUGCCCUACUCGACGUUUGCCACAAGCAGUUACAAAGUAGUGUGGAAAGACUGAUUCCCGAGAAAAUGCAAUCGUUACUAACAGAGGUCCUGCAAAAAUACAAUGAUCCCUUUAAGGACAUGCUGCGCUGUCAACUUAAGGCCUGCGACACAGCCACCCAGCUGUCAGAACUGCUGGAGUCUAAGGAAAAUCAAGAGGAGGUCACCGAAAACUUGACCCUAUAUGGGUAUGAGUCGCUGGCUCUGCGUUAUGAAGUCAAGUGGCCUUUGAGCUUCGUCCUCCACUCCGAGCCGCUGGAGGAGCUGCAGGUGGUUCAGCGGGUACUGCUUCUGUUGUCCUACGUCCGUCGCCAGCUGUCUACGUUGUGGAAGACCCCUGUGGAAGGAGUGGGUUUGAUGAAAACCGCCCAAUCCCAAUUUCUGCGGGACCGCAUGCAAAUGUGCAUGCUCCACCUGGAAAACCACAUCGUCCAGCACAUUUCCGAGUCACGUUGGCAGUCCUUCAUGGAGGUGGUCGAGAAAGCCAAGACAAUAGACGAACUCGUGAAGAAGUUCCGGCUCACCUUGGACGAGAUCUUACGUCUGGGACUUCUCUCGUCGGCCACAACGUUCGUAAAGUCCUUGUUCACAUUGGGACAAGUAUGCCUUAACUACUGCGGCUUUGUCGAGUCUGUUCCGGGCGGCAGCGAUCCGGUGGAGUUCCAGAAGGGAGUCAGGGAGUACGAGGAUGAGUUUGGAAGCUUUAUCAGCAGCAUCUUGGAGCUGGUGAGGGAACUGGCCAAGAGCAGCGGUUCUGGCGGCAAGGUGGCCGAGCGGGAUGCCUGCAAGGAGCUACUGAAACGACUCGAUGAAUUUUGCAAGUCUCCAGAGAAAUCUGAAUCUUAAUCAGAUUAAUCACCUAAACUAGUCAUUUUAUUUAUUUUUUGUUUUAGAGAUCUGUUCAGUCUAGCCAAAUCAUUUGUUACUUUAGGACUAUGAUACAAAAAUUUUAAAUAAGUUUAGAUGUUCUAGACACUAUUUAGGCUAAAUGGUUGAUUGUUUGUUUGACAAAUAUAUUUUUUAAUGAAAACGA